GGGUCGAGUUCGAGUGCGGGUACUGUCGCUCGCUGACGGAGGCUGCUGCUGCUGGGGUAGUGGAUGCCUGCUGCUGCAGGUGCUUGUGAUCAUGGCAGCCAGUGUGCUCAUACCCAUACUCUUCCCUCUCUCAGACGACCUCGACUACCCCAAUGUGACGAAGUUCAUUCGUAUUGGAAUUGCUGACAAGAAUGACAACCCACCCUUCUUCGACAAGACAUUGUACGAGGCUGAAGUGGAUGAGAAUGAGGAUAUUCAGCACACAGUUCUCACAGUCACUGCUAAGGAUCUUGAUGAGUCUUCUCGCAUCAGAUACGAAAUCACAAAUGGCAACAUUGGUGGAGCCUUCGCUGUGAAAAACAUGACCGGUGCAAUAUAUGUGGCUGGCCCACUGGAUUAUGAAACAAGGAAACGGUACGAACUAAGUCUAGUAGCCACCGAUAGUGUCAACGAGGCAACAACCAAAGUAAUCAUCCACAUCGCUGAUGUCAAUGAUCGCCCUCCAGAGUUUGACAGACCAAAUUAUGAAGCAACUAUUGAAGAGGAGCGCAGUGACGGUUUGCCUAUACCACUACUCAAGGUUACAGCCACAGAUGGUGACCGCGACCGUAUACAGGAUAUUGUUUACUUCUUAACAGGCCAGGGUAUAUAUAUGGACAACCCCGAUCAGUCUCAGUUUGAGGUCAAUCGUACAUCAGGAGAAAUUUUUGUGAGGAAGCCCCUCGACCGUGAUCAUCCUAAGGGUCGGCCAACAUGGAGAUUUACUGUGUUUGCCCAGGAUGAAGGUGGCACUGGUCUAGUGGGCUAUGCUGAUGUACAAGUUAACCUCAAGGAUAUCAACGAUAAUGCUCCACUCUUUCCCCAGAUGGUAUAUUUUGGAAACGUGACAGAAAAUGGAACUCAAGGAAUGGUUGUUAUGACAAUGACAGCAGAGGAUUAUGACGAUGCUAAUGAGGGUACAAAUGCCAAGCUAACUUAUUCCAUUGAGAAAAAUGUCAUUGAUGAAAAUACAGCUACACCUAUCUUUGAAAUAGAACCAGACACCGGAGUUAUUAAGACUGCAGUUUGUUGCUUGGAUAGAGAGAAGACUCCUGAUUACUCCAUACAAGUGGUUGCUGUUGAUGGCGGCGGAUUAAAAGGGACUGGAACAGCAAGCAUACGUGUAAGAGACAUCAAUGAUAUGCCACCAAGAUUUACAAAAGAAGAAUGGCAGACAGAAGUUGACGAAACAGAGGGGGCCAUUCUUCCUGAUCAAGCCAUUCUGACAGUCACAGUUCAUGACGAGGAUGAGACGAAUAAGUUUCAUUAUAAAGUAAUUGAAUCUUCUGGAUUUGGUGCAGAUAAAUUUACAAUGGUGAGAAACAAUGAUGGUACUGGGUCACUGAAGAUUGUACAGCCACUGGAUUUUGAAGAUGCAAUGCAGCGUAGUGGGUUUAGGUUUAAAAUACAAGUAAAUGACAAAGGUGAAGACAAUGAUGCCGAGAAGUAUCAUGUUGCUUAUUCUUGGGUUAAAGUUGAAUUGAGAGACAUUAAUGAUAACAAGCCACAAUUUGUUAAGCCUAAUAUUGAAGUGCCUGUAUUUGAAAAUGCAGAAAUUGGUAAAAGUUUAGAGACUUUUAAAGCAUCAGAUCCUGACCAGGGUGGACACAGUAAAGUUUUAUAUGCUAUAGACAGAACCUCGGAUAGAAGGAGACAAUUUGCCAUUGAUAACACUGGUACUGUUAAGAUUCAGAGAAGUUUAGACAGAGAAGAAAAUCCACGUCAUUCAGUAAAGAUUCUAGCUAUUGAUGAUGGUACACCAGCAAAAACUGCUACUGCUACUCUUACUGUGAUUGUCCAAGAUAUUAAUGACAAUUCUCCAAGAUUCUUGAAAGAUUAUCGCCCAGUUUUGCCAGAGAACCAAUCUCCCAGAAAGAUAGUAGAGGUAUUAGCAACUGAUGAUGAUGACCGAUCAAAGGGUAAUGGACCACCUUUCCACUUCCGAAUGGAUUCUACUGCAUCUGAUGAAAUCCGUGCAUCCUUUAAAGUAGAGCACAUUCCUAAAGGAGCCAAUGGUGAUGGGAUGGCUGUCAUCUCUUCCCUAAGAACAUUUGAUCGUGAAGUACAAAAGGAGUAUCAUGUACCCAUUGUGAUAAAAGAUGCUGGCACACCUCAGAUGACUGGCACUUCUACAUUAACUAUUAUUAUUGGAGAUGAAAAUGAUAAUAAGAUGCAGCCUGGCUCAAAGGAUAUCUUUGUUUACAACUACAAAGGACAGGCCCCAGAAACCCAGAUUGGUCGUGUAUAUGUUUACGAUCUUGAUGACUGGGAUUUACCUGAUAAGAAGUUUAACUGGGCAGCUGAUGCACAUGUUAACUUCAAAUUAAAUGAAGAUGAUGGUAUGAUCACCAUGAAACAUGGUACUGGAGAAGGUACUUACUUUCUACAGUUUCAUGUUUAUGAUCGAAAGCACACCCAGACAGAUGUAGAAGCCAAUGUUACUGUCACAGUGAAAGAAAUUCCUGAGAUUGCUGUCAUAAACUCUGGAUCCAUUCGCAUAGCAAAUAUGACAGAUGAGGACUUUAUUCGAAUUUGGGAUUAUAGAACUCAGCGAGUGGUACGCAGUAAAUCUGAUAUGUUCAGGGAAAAGAUAGCGAGAUUAGUGGGAACAAGUGUUGAAAAUGUUGAUGUAUUCAGUAUACAAAUAAGACAGGAGAGACCACCUAUUACAGACAUUCGCUUUUCUGCUCAUGGUUCUCCAUACUACCAUCCUAUUAAACUAGAUGGUCUUGUUUUACAACACCGGGCAGAAAUUGAGGCAGAAAUAGGUAUCAACAUUACCAUGGUAGGUAUUGAUGAAUGCCUUUAUGAAAAUGUAGCUUGUGAAGGGUCAUGUACUAACCAUUUAGUUAUUUCCAAUUUGCCUUAUAUGGUAAAUGCAAAUAAAACUUCCUUAGUAGGUGUACCAGAAGUGGUACCAGAGUGUACGUGUGGAGCUAGAAAUUUUUCCGUCGAGGAAUCAUGCCGUCCAAACCCUUGUUACAAUGGUGGCCGAUGUAUAGAAGGAAAAUCAGGAAUACACUGUAGGUGUCCAGAAGGAUAUGAUGGACCAAGAUGUCAAAUGGUAACAAGAACUUUCAGAGGAAAUGGAUUUGCUUGGUUCCCUCCUUUAGCAAUGUGCGACAAUUCACAUAUAAGCUUGGAAUUUUUGACAAGACGUCCCGAUGGGCUCCUCUUCUACAAUGGUCCCAUUACCCCUCCUGAAACAGAUGAGUUAAUAGUCUCAGACUUCAUAUCACUAGAACUAGAAAAUGGACGACCAAGACUUCUAAUAGAUUUUGGAUCUGGGACUCUACAGUUAAGAGUAAACACCAAAAUUUGCCCUAGUCCACUUCUUCCUCCUCACUAUCCUUAUCCAUCUUUCCUGAUUCCUCGAGCUCCUCUGUUGUCAACCCCUGUCUGUAGUUCUACUUUAACUACUCCACAUCCUCUUCAUCAACCUCCAGCCAAUUGCCUCACUAAGAGCAACAGUCUCCUGGAUUACACCCUUCUCAGCCUCAAAUCCUUCAGAGUCAUAGGUGAUCAAAGGCCACACAUUCUUCCAACCUGCAGUGAGACCCUCAUAACUCAAAAUUAUCAUAACUCAAGACUUGUAACUCUAGGGACCAUUGUACAGUAUAUAAUAUUUUUUAAUAAAUAUAUAACAGAUUAUUCUAUUUUUCAGAAUGUUAGAAUAGAUGUAGACCAUUGUGUUGCUGCAGAAGUUCAAGAACCAGAAGAUGGCAGUGACCCCAUUUUUGACUCUUCAGGAUGCCAGGCUAAAGGCACUAUACCUCCUUUCAAUGAAUACUUAAAUGUAAAUGCACCUCUACAGGUUGGAGGCCUUGCUCAUGAACAGCCUGAUCCUAGUUUGUACAAAUGGCUGCAUGUUCCCCAUGGUCGAUAUUUUAGUGGCUGUAUAAGGAAUCUUAUGGUCAAUAGUGAACUGUAUGAUCUAGCACGUCCUGGCCAGUACCGCAAUACUCAGAUGGGUUGCCCACAGCUAGAAGAAGCAUGCAGAAGCAGUUCCAUAGUUCCUACUUGUGGACCAAAUGGCAUCUGUUCAGGCUCACUCUCACACCCUGUGUGCAAGUGUAAGCCUGGGUGGACAGGUCCAACUUGUGACGAACCAACCAAUUCGGCAUACUUUGAGACACAAUCUUAUGUUAAAUAUGCCUUGUCUUUUAAACCCAAUGCUUUCAGUACAGAAAUUCAGCUCAGAUUCCGUACAUGGCAAGAGUAUGGUGAAUUAUUCAGAAUCUCGGAUCAACACAAUCGAGAAUAUGGAAUUUUAGAGAUAAAAGAUGGCAGAUUACGUUUUCGUUAUAAUCUGAAUAGUCUUCGAACUGAAGAGCAUGAUCUUUGGCUGUCAGCUGUGGCUGUUAAUGAUGGCAUCUGGCAUUCAGUUAUGGUGGAGCGUCAUGGAUCAACAUCAACUCUAAUGUUGGAUGGUGGUGAGGGUCGACGCUAUAAUGAAACUAUGGCUUUCUCUGGGCAUAUGUUGAUGGAUGUUGACAAACAAGAGGGUGUAUAUGCUGGUGGCAAGGCAGAAUACACUGGAAUAAGGACAUUUGAAGUUUACAAUGAUUACAAACUUGGCUGUUUGGAUGACAUUCGUCUUGAAGGAAAACACUUGCCACUUCCACCUGGUCUAAAUGGCACCCAGUGGGGGCAAGCUACAAUGUUCCGGAACUUGGUCAAGAACUGUAUCUCCCAAAACCAGUGUGUCAAUGUUACCUGCCUGGCACCAUUCACUUGUAAAGACUUAUGGAUGAAACAUGAGUGUGGAUGUGAGGAUGGUACAAUACUGUCAAGUAAUCAAGAAGAAUGUGUGGACCAGGAUGAGUGUCUAAAUGAUCCAUGUCAGAAUGGUGGCACAUGUCACAACCAGGAACCUUCAUACAUUUGUGACUGUCCACGAGGCUAUUAUGGCAAGAACUGUGAACUAUUACAAGAAGGCAGGACAGUCCGACUUAGCCUGGGGGCUUUGGCUGCCAUUCUUGUUUGUCUUCUUAUCAUUUUGGUCUCUGACAUGCAUGAGUUUUUGAACUGCCCAGAAGGAUCUGUUCCUAACCUUGAUGACUGUGUCAACAUCAACGAGUGUGAGCUGUGGCAGCCAUGCUAUAAUGGAGGUGUAUGUCAGGAUUUGGAACCUGACAUGGGCGGCUAUGUAUGCAAUUGUAUCGAUGGGUUCUAUGGAACUGAUUGCAACAUUAUCCUCGAGGAAACCAUUCUCAAACCCUCCACUGAUUUUGUUGUUGCCAUUGUCAUCUGUAUUCUGGUCUUACUAAUUUUGGUAUUGGUGUUUGUGGUAUACAACCGACAAAAGGAACGCCACUUCCCCAAAGCUGAUCCAUAUGAUGAUGUCCGCGAAAACAUAAUUAAUUAUGAUGAUGAGGGUGGCGGAGAAGAUGACAUGACAGCCUUUGACAUCACACCUCUGCAGAUUCCUGUUGGCCCAGCCAUUGGAAAUGGUGGACCACUUAUGGGAAAAAUGCCAUAUGGUCCUGGAGGUCAGCCAGAUGUGGGUGUGUUUAUUAGUGAGCACAAGAGCAAGGCAGACAAUGAUCCCAAUGCUCCUCCAUUUGACGACCUUCGCAAUUAUGCUUAUGAGGGUGGUGGUUCUACUGCUGGAUCACUCUCUUCACUGGCCUCAGGCACUGAUGACAACGAACAGGACUUUGACUACCUGAACAAUUGGGGUCCACGUUUCAGUAAGUUAGCAGAUAUGUAUGGUCAUGGAGAAUCUGAAGAGGAGGAGGACCAUUAAGUCUCAGGUUGGAGCCUUGCCAUGGGAUUCACCUCAUUGAUUGAGCAAGUUUAUAUAUAGUAACAUGGAGCACUGUUGACAUAUUUCUAAACCAGGAGGACUCUGGUCAGGAGGGUGAGGUCGAUCCUACUUUCUUAAGAGAAUCUGAAGGUCUAUGUGGAGAGAGGUGUUGCUGCAAGAUUGUUGCAUCUACAUUAUACAUGUUGCCUUAAAUAGUUAAUUAAAUUUGUAAUACCAGCAUGAUUAUCAAAUCAUGAAUCACAUCAUUGUCACUGGAUGUUUGAAAUCUUCACUGGUGCUAUAUAUAUGAAAUUCAAUCCCUACAUUAAUUAACAUUGCAAAUUUGAAAAUUUUAAUGUUGUUCUCUUCUAUUUUAAUAUACUGUACUUCAUAAGAGAACUGCAGUGUCAUUUAUUUAGUGAUUAAUACAGUAUUAGAAUACUCAUGGAGUCACACAUGUAAUAUAGUAUAUUUCAUACUGUUCUAUUUGGUAAAAUGCAUCCUCCACAUAGCUUCCUUCAGGUAGCCAUGAAACAAGUGGCUCUGCUAGAGAUUGACCAUGAAACCUUUCCAGAAAAAGACUUAUCCUCAUACCUAAUGUUCUGCACAUUAAUGGCAUGACCCUCACAGUGCCAAGACUUUAACAAUGAGGUGAUAGAAAUGCCAGUGUUCAGUGUAGACUGAAAGCUCCCUCUGUAAUCAUUUGUGGUGAUGAAACAUGUCCAGUCUAAUUAUGAACUUCAGGACAGUUAGCCUUGGUGAAGGCAGUGUUAUCAGUCUCAUUGAAGACUAUGGUGGUUGAACUAACAUUCCAUAAAAGACAGUUGUGUGAUAGUAUGGGAUGAAAGUGGAAGUAAGACUUGGAUUGAGUAUUUACGUGUUUUUGUUAUGACCCAUGUUACGUGCCAAGUACCCCAGGCAAAUCUGUUUUGAUUUGUGGACUACCGACAUUCAGAGUACAUUUUGUACUGUUCUUACUGAUUUUUUUGUUUGUCCUCACUCACUACUACUGUGAAGCAUAUCAAGGAAAUACAAAGGUUCAGUGUAUUGCACCACAGAUUUUCUGAGGGCAGCAUUUAUUUCUCACAUAAUGAGUUAAGUAGUGUACUCUUAAUUGUGUGCACGAGGAUGUGGUUGGUUUGUCUCCCCUUGUAUACUACUCUCACCCUUAGUUUAUAUCAGGUCAGUACUGCAACUCUGUGCAUUUUGCAGGCAAAAGCCAGGCCUGUAUACAAGUACUCACAAAUGAAUCUCAGGCAGUACUGAAAAUACCCUGUGUGAGAAGUGUUGAAUGUAUGUAAAGUUUUUGUACAUGUGUAGAUAAUUAAGGAGGAGAUAGAUGUCUCAAAGAAUGAAAUAGUUCUUUUUCAAUAUUUGCUCAUCUGUAUGAAAGCUAGACAGCAAGAUCAAUUAGACAUGUGACGACAGCUUCAUUAUUGUAGGCAUUCACUGAUUAGCAAGUUUAUUACUGAACUGUAGUCUUCUCUUGGUGUCUUGCUGUGCAAGUGUUUGGAAGAAAUGACAGUUGAUUUAUCAAGUGCUGAUGUUUGUAGAUUGUGGAUCAGCUAUGGAUGAAGAGACCAAAACAUCUGUUUAAGUUUUUUUGUACAAUUCUGUAAUUUAAGAAUAGUACUCUAUACUGCAAAGGAAGCAAUAAAUGCUUACUUUUUCUCCUUUUUUAUUACUAUAAUUCUGCUGAAUCUGAUCUCGUUAGUGUAUAUAGAUAACUUAAAAGGUAAGAAAUAUACCUCCACAUGGCCACUUCUUUCAUGCAGGUGUUUCCAUAGUUGAACCUGGGCCUCUUCACCCAAGUUGCCCCAUGCCCACAAAUCCCCCCCCCCCCCCCCGAGGUCAGUUAUCCUCCCAUUCCUGUUCCCAGAAUCCCCCAUUCCAGCCCUGGUACAGUAUGGGCUGCCACAGCCCGCCGCCCACCUACCCAUCCAUAGGUCUCGCCUGUGGUGAUGUCCCCUCAGAAACGGAAACUCUUUUUCCAGUCCACAAGUAUAUUCUUCAGUCUGUGUUAAUAGUUAUAAAUUAUCUUUGGACCCACAAAAUUGUUGAUUUAGCAAAAGCAUUAUGAGAUUAGGAAAAAAAUAUAUUAAGAGUGUGAACUCUUCAUCACCACACAACAUAACCUCAACAGCACUGCCAUAUUUGGUGGGAGCAGGCUGGGUUGUUUAGUCAUUGGCUUCUUAUAUCAUCAUUAUUAUUAAUUAUUAUUAUUAUUAUCAUCAUCCUAGUGUUAGAGCUAUUGUGCACAAGUUGGUCAUAAAUAGAAUGGUGUUGGUCUCGGAUCAAUUUUCAGUGGGUCCUCUCAGCGUUCUUGGACCAAAUAAAUAAAGUAUUACCUUGUAUCUGAAAGAGACUUGAGAAGAAAAAGAAAUCUGAGUUUUCUUGUGCAGAGCAUUAACUGCACCUACCUGUGCACCAACUUAACCAUGCUUUACCCCUUCAUUUAUUUGUUUCAGUCAUCAUCUCAAAAGGUCAGUGACUCAGUUUGUCUCUUUAGUCUCUGCACAAGAAGACAAACUUUUUCCCCUGAAGUUUGCCGAGCCCAGCCAACCUGUUUUUAUAGCAUUCCAUAUACCAAAAGAUGUAUGUAUGAAUGCAUUAUUCAUUUUCACAUUUUGUAUUGAAGAAUUAUCAUCUUACUAGAACUCAAGGAACAUUAAAACCAGAUUUCUCUGACCUUCCCCAAGCAUGGUAAGUUAGUAGUUGUUAAUUUAUAUAUUCAAUAUGUGUGUGUGUUUAUAUAUAUAUGUGCAUACGUAAAUAUAUACAUGUAUGCAUACAUAAAUACAUGUAUAUGUAUGUAUGCAGACGUAAGGGAGCAAGGGGCUAGUAACCCCUUCUCCUGUAUACAUUACUGCAGUUAAAAAGAGAAACUUGUUUUUCUUUUUGGGUUACCCUGCCUCGGUGGGAUACAGCCAGUUUGUUGAAAGAAGAUGAUGCAGACGUAAAUGUGCGUAUGUUUUCAGACGUAAUAUGUGUAUGUUUGCAGACAUAAAUAUGAGUAUGUUUGCAGAUUUGCAGAUGUAAAUAUAUGUAUGUUUACAGACAUAAAUAUGCAUAUGUUUGCAGACAUAAAUACGUGUAUGUAUGCAGACGUAAAAUGUAUGUACAUAUGUAUGUUACUAUAUAUAUUAUAGCUUAUUUUUAUAUUUCAUUUAAUCAUUGAUUCCAGGUGAUAUUAAUUAAUUUUCAAUUUAUUUUACAUCCCUCUUCAUAUCCCAGUACAGAGAAAUCUGAGUCAUUCCCAGGCCGAAGUAUUCUAUACAACUUGUAUGAAUGUUAUGUAUCAAUUUCAAUUGUAUCCUCACUUAUUAAGUGUCACAAACCCCAGAAUUUCUCAUUGUAGUGUCUCAAGUCCAUUUGCUAUUCUUAUGAGAACUUUGGCCCAGGGAAUCAGAAAUGGUCAAAGAGUAGAAUAUUUCCUAAAAAAAAAAAAAAAAGAAAAAAAAAGAAAAUGAUAAAAAAUGGAAAGUUUUGUACCCUUAUUCAUGCCGAGUUAAAAGUUAUCCAGCAGUGAUGUCCCCAAAUGGACAAGAAGCCAUAGCAACUAAGCUUUUGUUUGAUGUUUUUAAGCUGUGAUUUUACUGUGUCUGCAUUGUCAUCUGAAAUAGAUUAAAGCCUUUGUGUA